AUGCAUCACGAAAUGGCCCCUCGACAACACGGAGCCGAGGACCCCGUCGUCAUUGUAGGAUUUGCGUUUCGUUUCCCCCAAGAGGCCGUCUCCGAAGAUGCCUUUUGGAACAUCAUUCGCGAUGGCCUCUCCACGAGAACAGAGGUGCCAAGAAGCCGCUACAAUAUCAAUGGCCAUAAUUCCCAAACCCCGGGGCGGCAAGAUACGAGCCACUUCAUCAAGGGAGACAUUUCGACCUUUGAUGCGCCCUUUUUCAAGAUGAGCAGUGUCGAGGCCAAGGCUAUGGAUCCUCAACUGCGCCUCUUGCUCGAGACGACGUAUCACGCGUUUGAGAAUGCCGGCGUGUCCCUGGACAAGGUGCAGGGGAGCAACACAUCCGUGUACGUGGGAAACCUCGCCCAAGAGUACGUGUCGCUGUUUUCGCACGACGGCGAAAUAAGUGCAAAGUAUCAGGCCACUGGAAACUCGGCCGCCAUGCUCUCAAACAGACUGAGCUGGUUCUACGACCUGCGCGGUCCCAGCGUGUCCAUCGAUACCGCUUGCUCCAGCAGCCUUGUCGCCCUCCACAUCGCAUGCCAAAGCUUGCUUCGGGGCGAGUCUGACAUGAGCAUCGUCGGCGGCGUCCAGCUGCAGCUCGAUCCCAUGACCAUGACGGCCCCGAUAUCGAGGCUGGGGUUUCUGUCUCCCGAUGGCCAGUGCUACAGCUUCGACGAUCGAGCAAACGGCUACAGCCGAGCCGAGGGCGUCGGCAUGGUCGUUCUGAAGCGACUAUCUCACGCCGUCCGCGACGGCGACACAAUUAGAGCCGUCAUCCGCGGCACCUCGGCCAACCAGGACGGCCGCACGCCUUCCAUAUCGCAGCCGAGCGCAACUGCUCAAGCCGCUCUGAUCCGGAAAGCGUACGAGCCCUUGGGUGACGACUUUGGUCUUCCGGGGUAUUUCGAGGCCCACGGUACCGGCACCGCCAUCGGCGAUCCCAUAGAAGCAGAAGCAAUCAGCCUGGCGUUUUCGGGGCUCCUCUCCCCGGAGACGCCACUCCAUGUCGGCUCCGUCAAGGCCAACAUCGGCCAUCUUGAGCCUUCGGCCGGCAUAGCUGGGCUGAUCAAGACGGUCCUGAUGCUCGAAAGGGGCGUGAUCCCCCCGAAUGCGUUGCUCGAGAAUCUGAACCCGAGGAUAAAGGCCGACAAGUGGCAUCUCAAGUUUCCGACGUCGGCUCUCCCGUGGCCAACAGAGGGACUGAGGCGGGCCUCUGUCAACAGCUUCGGAUUCGGCGGUACCAACUCCCAUGUGGUUAUUGACGAUGCCUUGCAUUAUCUACAGAGCCAAGACCGCAGCCAACCUUUGGCCAACGGGGCAGUAACAAACGGAAUCUCCAAAGCUGUCCCCGACAAGCUGCUCUUCCUCUUAUGCGCCGCCGACGAGAACGGCGUGCGCCGGCAAGCCGCAGCCCUGGAGAACCAUCUGGCCCAGCCUGACAGAGCCUUCUCAAGCGAAUACCUGCAAGACCUUGCCUUUACGCUGGGCAGCAGGCGGAGCAUGCUGCCAUGGAAGUCCUUUGCCCUGGGGGCUUCUGCGCAAGAGCUACAGCAAAGUCUGCACGGCUUGUCCCAGAAACCGAUCCGCGCCACGGGGACGAGCCCCCUGGUUCACUUUGUCUUUACAGGACAGGGGUCGCAGUGGGCGGGGAUGGGCAAGGAGCUUCUUCCCCGACACUCGGUCUUUCGGGAAAGCAUCGAGCAUGCCGAUGCUUUCUUCCGGUCCUUGGGCUCCGAGUGGUCUCUCGUUGUGCAAGAGCAACUAUGCACACCCGCUUCCCAGUUAGACAUAGACAACCCGAGCCUGGCGCAGCCCCUGUGUACCGCACUUCAAAUCGCGCUCGUCGACCUGUUGGCCUCGUGGCACAUCUCCCCUCAGGCCGUGGUAGGCCACUCAUCGGGCGAAAUCGCAGCCGCAUACUGCGCCGGCGCCUUGGCCAAGGACUCUGCACUACGGGCCGCCUACUUCCGGGGCGAGGCCGUCUCGAGGCUCCUGCAAGACAACCAGGCAGCAAAGGGAGGCAUGCUUGCGGUUGGUCUGUCCGAGGCCGAGUUAGACCCUUACCUCGCGGUUGUCCAGGGCGACGCUGGUUCACUGGCGUGCAGCUGCGUCAACAGCCCAAAGAGCGUCACAGUGAGCGGAGACGAGACGCUCGUCCAAGAGCUCGAGCGCCGGCUACAGGCGGACAAGGUUUUUGCGCGGAAGCUCAAUGUGCCGGUUGCCUAUCACUCCCGACAGAUGGGCGCAGUCGCCGACUUCUACCGGGCAACGCUCCAAGGCCAGUUGGACUCGGAACCACAGAGGCUGCCUUCGGCCUUCUACUCGUCCGUCACUGGAAAGGAGGCAUGGGGUCAUGAUCUGCGUCAGGCAGACUACUGGGUCGCCAACCUUGUCUCCCAGGUCAAGUUCUCCGAAGCCCUCCGACUCAUGUGCUCAUCUUUGGCAGGAAACGGUCAAACCGACGUGAAGCCGUUGCCGUACCUGCUCGAGAUCGGACCCCAUUGUACUCUUGAGCGGCCCGUUCGAGAGACAGUUGCGGGAGACGCAGAAUACGCUUACGACUGUACCAUGCGCCGCAACGUCAGCUCAGUUGAUACCGUCAAGGGCAUGUUAGGGAGACUUGCCGUUCAUGGACACGCAGUCGACCUGCAGGUGGUUAAUCGUCACGACAUCACUUCCCGGCAGCCCAGGAUGCUCGUAAAUCUCCCAAAGUACCCCUUUAACCAUUCCCAGUCGUACUGGAUUGAGAGCAGGCUUUCCAAAAACGCCCGAAAUCGAGAAAGGCCGCGGCACGAGCUCCUCGGAACUCCAGAAUCGGAUAUCCCGUGGGUUUCUGACCACAAGAUCAACAACACCGUUCUGUAUCCCGCCGCAGGCAUGCUCGUCAUGGUGCUCGAAGGCAUCAGGAGUCUCGCCGCAAAGAUGCCGAGAGUCACCGGCUUCCGGUUACGAGACGUCGGCAUCGGGAGCGCGCUGGUCGUGCCCUCGACCGACGAAGGAGUCGAAGCGCAGCUACACAUGAGCUCGCACGACACGGCUUCAACCAAGGAGGCGCUGGUCUUCGACUUUUGCAUCUUCUCCGUUGCCGGCGACGACUGGAAGAUGCACUGCUCGGGACUGGUUGCCAUCGAGCACGCCGCCGUUUCAGAUACCGUCUCCGAGGACGGUGCCCUGGCCGCGACAGAAGGCAGCUUCAACGAGGCUCACGAGCGCUGCUCGGCCAGCAUCGACAGGGCCCAGUUCUACCGCGACCUCUACCAGAAAGGGGCAACCUUUGGCGAACGCUUCCAGACUUUGCACGGAAUCCGCUUCAGCGAGCACGGCAGAGAGGCAACGGCAGACCUGCCCUUUGGUGAGUGGCAGCGGCGAGUCCGGCAGCGUGAGCUCACUGAGCACAUGGUCCACCCGGCAACUCUAGACGGGCUGAUUCACAUCCUCUUCGCCUCGGUCUACAAGGACCUGCUCAAGCUCCCCACCAUGGUGCCCACGCAGCUCUCCGAGGUCUUCUUUUCGCCCAGCCUGCUGGGCGGCGACGUGGGAGACACGCUGCGUCUUUACGGCAACGUGACCGAGCGUGGGCUUUCCAGCAUGGACGGCAACGUCACCGCCGUGAGCGCGUCGACGGGCACGCCGUUGAUUACCUUCCGCGGUCUUCGACUGCUCGGAGUCCAGGCCACGGACUCGCUAGGAGACGGCCCGCCUGAGCCGACCGGCCUGUUCCACCAGGUCAGCUGGAAGCCCGACAUUAGCUUGCUGUCACAGGCCGAAAUCGAGGAGUACUGCCGCCAUGAAACUCAAGACAUGGCGGGCGGGUGCUUUGAUACGAAGAUGGAGAUAAUCUGUCGCCAUUUCCUGUCCCGCAUGCUGGACGACCUGGCCCUCGCUCCGGCGAAUCUCUCAAGGGAUCACUUCAACAACUACAUCAAGUGGGCCAAGGCCUUCUUGGAGCAUGAAAGCGAGUCCACGCUGACCCUCGAAAAGACGCUACCUGGUUUCGAGGAAGACGACGUUCAACGUCGUCACCUCGUUGACGAGUACGCCUCCGAAGGGCCACAAAGGCAGCUCAUCGCAUCCUUUGGCCGCAAACUCGUCCCCAUGCUGGCAGGAGAGCUAGACCCCCUCGAGAUACUCUUCAACGACGGACUCGCCGACAGCCUCUACCAGAGCCCCCUAUUUAGUUUCACAGCACACAGGCUGGCGGCCUACAUGGACCUGCUGUCGCACAAGAGCUCCGACAUGAAAAUCAUCGAAGUCGGCGCAGGGACCGGAAGCACAACCACCGUCGUCCUCGACGCGCUGUCCCGUCACGGCAGGUUCGCGGGUGCGUCUGCGCGUCUCGGCCACUACGACUUCACCGACAUCUCGCCGGGCUUCCUCGCCGGCGCGCAGGAGAAAUACGCCGCCCACGCCGGCCGCAUGCGGUUCAAGACGCUCGACAUCGAGCGGGAUCCCGGUGAGCAGGGAUUCGAGUGCGGGUCCUACGACGUGGUGAUUGCUGCUGCUGUUCUGCACGCAACGACGAGCAUCGACAAGGCACUGCGCAAUGUCAAGAAGCUCCUCAAGAGCGGCGGCCGACUUGUUUUUUCCGAACCCACGAACAGGCGGCUGGCAACCAUCCCGUACGCCUUUGGGGUUCUUCCAGGCUGGUGGCUUUCCACGGAGAAACACAGAUCUUCUGGCCCGCUUCUGACAAGAUCGGAGUGGAACGAGGCCCUGUUGCGAGCCGGCUUCGACGGCCUCGAGGUCUCCUUGCCCGACAAUGUUGAGGAGAGCCACGGCCUAUCUCUGCUAGUCUCUCGUCCAGCCCGCUCGCCAGAAGAUCCGAGUGCAGAGGCAGAGCCCUUGACGACCCUCAUCGUGACGGAGACUCAAUACCAGGAGGACAUGGCCACUCUUCUUCAAGCGCAGCUGACAUCACAGUCCAAUGGUGUGUGUGUUGUAACGCCAAGCAGCCAGCUAGCCACAGGGGAGUCCAAGUACGACCAGUGUAUAUGCCUCAUGGAACUAGGCAAGCCCAUCAUGGCGCAUCUGACCGAGGCUCAAUUUGCAACUCUCCGACACGUGAUGGACGCGGCUCGGCAGGUAAUCUGGGUCACGGACAACUGCGGCGAGGCUGCCGAGAACCCGGAAGCAGCCAUGAUAGCCGGCUUCGCCAAGACCCUCAUGCGCGAACGGCCCAGUCUCAACUUUGCCCACCUCAACGUACAGGCCGGGGCUCGCGUGGCCGAGACCAUCCUUCGCGUCGUCGACCAGAGCCGUCGCGUGCCGGCCGAGCAUCAGGAGACGGACCUAGUGGAAGAAAACGGCGUGAUUUCCAUCCCCAGGGUCGUCGAGGCGCCGCACAUCAACAGCCUCUUCGACUCGGAAGCCCACGCAGAGCCCCGGCCGGUCCAGGUCGGCAAAGGGGUGGAAGCCGGCGCCGCCGACGCGCUGGAGCUGCGCUUCUCCCCCGGACGUCUCGACUCGCUGCACUUUGGCCCCAGUGCCUCGGCGUCCCUCCCGCUCGGGAACGACCAGGUGCGCGUGCGGGUCAUGGCCACCGGCAUCAACUUCAAGGACGUCAUGGUGGCAUUGAACCAGGUGGCGGACGACCACAUUGGCCAGGAGUUUGCCGGAGUGGUGACGGAGGUCGGGGCGGGUCUGAAGGGGGCUUUUGGCCCUGGCGACCACGUCUGCGGCAUCGCGGCCGGCGGCGGUUUCCAGAGCUGCGUCCGCGCAAAGGGAUGCCACACGAUCAAGAUGCCGCCUGGUAUCUCCUUCGCCGAAGCCAGCGCCAUUCCGCUAGCAUACGCAACCGCGCAGUACGGCCUGCACCACCUGGCCCGUCUCCAGCCGGGCGAGAGCAUCCUGAUCCAUGCCGCAGCCGGAGCCGUCGGCCAGGCCGCCAUCCAACUCGCCCAAAGAGCGGGAGCAGCGAUAUACGUAACCGUCAGCACCCCCGAGAAGAAGAAGCUGCUCAUGGACAGAUACGGCAUCGAGCCCAGCCACUUCUUCUCGAGCCGGCAUAUCCUGUUCGCGCAGCAGCUCCUCCAGAGGACGGGCGGGAAGGGCGUCGACGUCGUGCUUAACUCGCUCGCCGGUCAAGCCCUGAGAGAAAGCUGGCGAUGCGUCGCCCCCUUUGGGCGCUUCAUCGAGAUUGGAAAACGCGACGCGAGUACCUUCAAGGCCCUGCCCAUGGAGCCCUUCCUGCGCAACGUUUCGUUUUGCUCUCUUGAUCUCCAGGUCGUCGCGAGGCUCAACGACGCACUCAUGGGACGCAUCAUGCGCGAAGUCGAGGCGCUCGUCCAGGACCCGACGGCAUCGGCGAAGCACUUGAUACCGUACCCGCUGACGGUUUUCAAACGCUCCGGCUUUGAACAGGCCUUUCGCCUGCUGCAGACCGGCCGUCAUGUCGGCAAGGCUGUGGUAGACUGGGAGCAAGCAGACACGAUUCAGGUCAUCCCAAAGAGCCCGCUCGAUUACAGAUUCGACGCCGAGGCUACCUAUGUCAUCGCCGGUGGGCUCGGGGGCAUCGGGAGGCACACGGCAGCGUGGAUGUGCCGACACGGCGCGAGAAACGUCAUGCUGCUCUCGCGCUCCGGGCCCAAAAGCGAAGCGGCCAAAGAGCUGGUUGCCUCGCUUGAAAAGGGCGGCGUCAGCGUGUACGCCCCCAAGUGCGACAUCUCAGACCCCGAGGCCGUUGAGGCCGUUGUCACGCACGCCAAAGCCAACAUGCCGCCUAUCAAGGGCUGCAUCCAAGCCUCCAUGGUGGUCGAGAACCACAUCUUCGAAAACUACACCCUGCCAGCUUUCCAGGCGGCCCUGGGAUCCAAAGUCCAGGGCACGCUCAAUCUCCAUAGCCAUCUCCCGCCGGACAUGGACUUCUUCGUACUCCUCUCGUCGCUCGCAGGCAUCCACGGCGCCGGGUCGCAGAGCAACUACGCGGCCGCAAACGCCUUUCUCGACGGCUUUGCGCGCUUCCGGCACGCCCAGGGCCAGCGCUGCGUCUCGCUCGACCUCGGCUUCGUCGAGAGCAUCGGCUUCAUCGCCGAGCGCGCCGAUGUGGCGCAGAGCAUGGCCAUGACGUAUCUGGACCACAGGGCACUGCGCGAGAGCGACCUGUUUUUCUUGCUCAAGUACGCAUGCAAUCCCCUCCUCGACGUCCCGUCCCCCUGGGAAACGCAGAUUCUUGGGGCUCUCACGACGCCCGCCUUUGUACGGCGCGGCGGCUUACUGCAGGAACACCGCUGGAUGCACCUCCCCGUGUUCCGGCACCUGUACUGCAUGGAGGAGCAGGGCCACGAGGGAUCCACCGCCGCCGGCGCCGAGCAGGUCGACGGCGCCGCGGCACAGCUCCGGGCGGCUGCGAGUGUUGCCGAGGCAGCGGCCGCGAUCACGGGCCUAUUUGCGAAGCGGCUGGCGCGAUCGCUGGCGGUGCCCGUCGAGGACAUUGACAUCGACCGGCCGCCGUAUGCGUUUGGCGUCGACUCGCUCGUCGCCGUGGAACUCGUCGGGUGGUUCUCAAACGAGAUUCGCGCCGACGUGCCUGUCGUUCAGAUUCUGAGCCGCUCCACCAUUGCGCAGUUGGGGCUGUUGGCUGCGGAAAAGAGUCUCCAUAUGCAGCAAAAAUGA